UUGUCUAUGGCGGAACGGAAUCUAACCUAAAAAAAUACUAAUGGUUGAUAAUAAAUAUUGUUAAAUAUUAAUUAUAUCACUUCUCAUUAUUAAACGACGUAUACACUUAUAAAGCGACAUGAAUCAAGCAGAAGUAUCAAAAUUGGUCUCCAAACUUCGCGUGAAAGUAUUACCAAGACAUCGGAAUCUUCCAGGUCCAAAGGGUCCCGAAGGAAGAAUAGAUAAAUUGCGUAAAACAGUAACAGGUCUAAUAAAAUUUGAAAGAAUUGAAUUAAACUAUAACAGAGCUGAUGAAGCUCGCCAAUAUGCGGAAAGACUCAUAUCUGAAGCCAUAUGCCAUGGCGACUGCCACAAACCAACGAUGGAUACAGCAGACUUUUGGCUCCUUGAAAAAGAACUUGUACAUAAACUGUUCAAAGUAUUAGUACCAAGAUAUGAAAACACAAAAUUAUCUUACACAAGACUCUAUAAUGCACCAAAACCUCAAUAUGGUCGUUCAAUAGAAAAAGCAGUUUUAGAGUUGCGAGGAAACCCCUAUCCCGACCUACUAAAUAACAAGUCUAACAAUAAACUGUUGAUUCAAAAUGUUUUACUUGAUGCAGCAAAAAAUGAAUACAGACAAACAAAAAUUGCUGAGAUGGCUAAAAAUAUUGGAAAAAAAGAAGGUGUCACACAAAAUAGAGACACUAAAACAAAUGAGGCCCCUGAAAAACCUAACAUCAGCUAAAUUAUUGUAAAUAAUAAAUUUAUGUUAAG